AUGACCGUUGGAGUGGUUGCCGCGACGGUUGCUGUAACCGUUCAUGCCAUUGUUGCACUUGCUUUUGCAGCUGCACCUGUUUGUGGUGCAUACAGUGAAAGAAGAGAAGUUGCCAGGCUGGCUCAGCUUGAUGCUGCUGCUAAAGUUGCUUAUGUCCUGAACAACGAUCUUGACACGAUUGAUCGACUCGUUGAGUGCCUCCACACCGCGGUGGAAGGUGAUAAGCUUCUGGUUCGGUUUGGUUUGGAGAGGGGAAGAGAGAGGUACCCUAUCAUGGAGGUUCUCAAGCAGAUAUGUAAGAGCCAUCAGAAUUUUCUACGCCAGCUUGAUGAUCUUGAGGAGCAUGUAUGCCUCUGCUUUCACACUGUCAACAAGGCGAGAUCGUUGCUUCUUCAAGAGAUACGCAAUCAUCAAACUUUGUAG